UGAUGUAGCAACGGUUUGACUCAGGUGUUAGAAGAAAGUCCAGUCGUUGUUUGUUUUCUGUUGUUUUUUGCAAGCGAAAGGGAAGUUUGGACAUGAAAGUGUGCAGCGGGGAGAAAAAGCACUAGAAUCCGUUCUCCCGGCGUGCGGCAUCAUGAAGCUCUUAGUGCGCUUCAGCGUCCCUCUGUGGACUCUUCUUGUCUUCAGCGCCUUCCUCAAGAGCACCCAAGCACAAAAUAUCUCAAAUUGUGCAACAGGAACCUUAAAUAUAACAACCACCACAACAAUAGCAAAAGUCACCUUUCCACUUGACUCAAACUGCAGCUUAACAGUUGGCAGUAAUACGUCUGAAAAAGGUUUAAUAACUGGUCUGACUCCUGGAGCUGUCUAUCAAAUUGUCUUAAACUGUUCAGGCUCCUGCGAUGUGUCAAAAAUCACAACAAAGCCAGAAACGGUCAGUUUAACAGUCACUAGUAUCACAACAUCCUCUUUGUUUGUGAGCUGGACUAAACCAGUGGGAAACAGCUCCUUCUAUAAAGUACAGUGGACAGGUGGAGGAACGAACUUCUCUGUAAAUGUCAGUGACACGUCUAAGAACAUUACUAACCUGACUGCUGGUGUCCAGUAUGAAAUAAAUGUCACUGCAGUAGCAGAUGAUAAUUAUACUGAAGGACAGAGUGCUACUGUCACCAAGUACACAAGUAAGUGAGCAUUUAAAUGUUUUUCAUACCGUGAAUUAGUGACUGUCUGCUGAGGAUAUCUGGUAAAAUAAGGAGUCUUCUAUCAUCAUAAGAUAAGUUAAAUUGAAAGGAAAGUAG